CAGUCAGGCAUUUCAUUUCAUUCCAUUUCACGGUGCACUUUUUACUUUCUGGCAAACUCAUUUGUUACUUUCCCCCGGUGAAAUCGAAAAAAGCAACACCGCUCUCGAAACGCUUGCAACUUUUCCGGCUGGGGAAUAGAAAAUCCACUGAAACCGAAUCCGUAUAUUUGCGAAUUACUCACAAACUUUUGAAGGAUGCUGCGGCUGUUCAAGAUGCGAUCUGCCCUGCAGACUCAAAAGAUAAUGCGAUCAAUGUGCUAUGAUUCACAACGCAUACGGGCGCAGUUUGUCGUGCAAUCUGGGGAAUCCCCCGAAACUUCUUCGAAUCCUAUGGAAAUCGAGCAGGAAAAGGAGGAGAAACCAUCGGUGGCACCGCGUCCACAGCACAAUCCACUAAGUCGACGCCACACUGUAAACAGCUCUCGAUUGCAGUACAUUAAUGACAAAUACAAGGAGUUGGCCAACGAGGUGGAGCUGCGCAAGCCAAAGGUCAAGCCCUUCGUGACCCGCCACGCCCUCCAUUCAGGAAGAUCUGACAAGUAGGAUGUGGGUUCAUUCAGGAUUAUAGAAAAAAUUACCUCUUCUUUUGCGGUUUAUUGCCCUGAACAUCUAUUGUUCAAUGAAUCUGUUUUCUUUUGCAUGUUAAAUUACAAAGUACAAGGCUUACACAAAAGUGUUAAAUUAAAGGCAUUGAUAACAGAA